GUUGAAUGGUUUCCAAGAUGGCGGUGACUCUCCCAAAGACUUCGAAUGUUUGUGAAGCGAAAAACAAAAGAAAUCAUCCCAUUUAAAGUAGGUUGGAAAAAGUUUUCCUUAAGCUCUUUAUGUAUAAUUAAUGUACUAUUUAAAACCAUGGAGGUUAAUUUAUGUCCUGCUAUAAAUUUUGGCCAAGCAUCAUGUUCGGUGAAGUAUAAUAAUGAAGCAAGCAGUGACGCAACUCUGGAGAAUGAAGCYGUUGUAGAGCUAGAUCAGUCAGUUACGGUUGUGUAUCAAAACGRAGGGGAAGUCAGCAUGGAAGUUAUUUAUCCAGAGAACACUGAAAGAAAUGCAGAAAACAGAAUAUAUCCUGUAAAGAAUACAUCUCUUGGAGGACCUUCAGAGCUGCAGACAUUUUURGGGCAAACAGAACCUUUACCUACUUCAYUCUCCAACCAUCCACAUGAAUAUGAUUAUGCUGACGAUAAGGAAGAAUUUCCAUCAACRUGCUCUCUGUGUAGUAUAAGAUGCCAAUCAAGCAAGGACUUGGAUGACCAUUUAAAAACACAUUGUACCAAGGACACUAAUGAAUGCCCAGUAUGUAACAAGAAGCUUUCAUUGAGGGGCUCCUUAUUUGGACAUUUAAGAAUCCAUUCCAAAUACAAGGCUUAUGUAUGUGACAAAUGCAACAAGGCAUUUAAUGCUCAGUAUCAAUUGGCGUAUCACCACUGUGGAGACGAGAAGCUUAAACCAUACAAAUGUGGUUAUUGUGAAAACAGGUUUGCUGUUCUGAUCUCACGCAUCAUUCAUGAAAGAGUCCACGUUAAUAAGGACUCAAAGCUUUGUAUUCACUGCCAUAAGACGUUCACGAAUGAAAGAGAAUUUCAAACUCACAAAUGCGUGGCCUUGCGUGUUUUGAAGUGCGCUUCGUGUAACGAAGAGUAUCCCAAUGAAGAGCAACUUUUGAGGCAUCAACGUUCUCAUGAGAAUUUCAAACCAUUCAAAUGCUCACACUGCAGCAAAUCAUUUAGACGGCAGAGUAACUUAGAUACUCAUGUUCGAAUCCAUACAGGCAUAAAGCCUUAUAAAUGUGAUCAUUGCUCGAAGGCGUUUUCACGAAAUGACCAUCUUAAGAAUCAUGUUCGCAUACAUACGAGCACAAAGCCGUUCCAGUGUAAACAAUGUAACAAAACAUUCUCAAAUGGCACUCGUCUAAGCCUCCAUGAACGCACCCAUACAGCUGCAAGGGAGUAUAACUGUAAUAUUUGCGACGUAGUAUUUCAAUCUUAUAAUGAAUUUAAGAGCCACAAGCUCACACAUGUGACUAGUAAACCUUACAACUGUACUUACUGUGGAAAGAGAUUCGCUCGUGCCGAYCAUCUUAGAAAUCAUGAACGUAUCCAUACAGGUGUCAAACCAUUUGGAUGUUCGUUCUGUGAUAAAGCAUUUGCGCGGCAAGAUCAUCUAAAAAAUCACGAGCGAAUUCACACAGGGGUGAAGCCAUACACGUGUGAGCACUGCGGUAAAGCUUUUACCCGAGUCAGUAACUUACAGACACAUUUAAGAAUCCAUACAGGGAUUAAACCUUACAAGUGUGAGUUCUGUAAGAAGGAUUUCUCGCGCUUAGAUUACCUGAAGAGCCACGAACGKGCUGCACACAUGGAUAAUACGGCCCUACACAGUGACAUAUUGAACAAUGAUUCUAGUUAAAGUUUUCUUCUGAACUUAAAAUUAUCCAGCGUGUCAUGGGAGUCAAGAGACUGUUCAUUUUUUACGGGCAGGGAUUUUGUGUUGUAAGUAAAAAUGUAUUUUCUCCGAUGUCCGUAAGAAUAAACAGUCCCUAAACCCAUGACCUGUAUUUAUAUUGUUAAGUUACCUUUUAUUUAUUUAUUUAUUCUCCUACUAAAUUUACAGCUAUAAAAUAUAAAAGCACGAAAAGACAUGGCAGCCAUGUUGGUUGACAUAACAAGAAACCAAGACCAAAUCUUUCGUUCAAGUCAACCAACAUGGCGGCUAUGACGUCAAGUAUGCCACAAAAUUAAUAAUAAUAAUAACAAUAAUAAUAAUAAUAAUAACUUCUUGAGUAUCACAAAAACUAAAUGGCUUUUAUUUGUGACGUCACUCGUACGGAAAAUGGACUUCAGGGUUCAAAAGAAAAAGCAAUUCUAUGAA